AUGGGCUUACACGCUAGAAUGGAUUGUCAGCCAGACUGUUCCACAUAUGCAGCUGUUCGUCCAGUAGCAAUCGGUUUGUUGGACUGUUAUGGAAAGUGUGGCAGCAUGAACAGAGCUGAAGAGUGUUUCAACAACAUGCCCUCUCCAGAUAUAAUCUGCUGGAACUCAUUGCUGGGAGGAUAUAGUUCAUUAGGAGAUUCGACUCAAGUAUUCAGUCUGGUGAAGAAGAUUCAGAAGGCUGGGCUUAACAUUGAUGCCAUCACAUUCAUUUCUAUUCGCACGGCUUGCAGCCAUGCAGGCCUGGUGGAAGAGGGGAAACAUUACUUCGAUUCCAUGACAGGAUUGGGCAUCAGGAAGAGUGUGGAGCACUAUAACUGUAUAGUCGACAUUCUUGGCCGAGCAAACAGACUUGAAGAAGCACUAGUAGUUGUGAACAGCAUUCCAGUUGGAGCUGAUGCUGUAACUUGGAGGAUUCUGCUCGGAUCCUGUAGGAAAUGGGGGAACGUGGAGAUUGGCAAGGUUACAUUUGAGGCACUGGUGCAGGCUGUUGGCACAAAGGAAGAUGCAAGUGCCUACGUGCUGAUGAGUGAUCUCUACGGGAGCAUGAGUUCUAUAGACAAGUUUCUGUAG